AAUAUAUCUAUAUAUUUUUAUAUCACUAUAUUCAAUUCGUAACAGUUCGAAUUAUAUGAUGAUGAAAUGUAUAUUCUACGAUAAGAAUUAUUGAUAAAAUAAUAUAUGCUAUUUCAUAGAAAUAUUUUAAUUCAUUUAAAUCACGCGUUUCGUUUAUAUGAAGCUCUACCAAGAAACUUUUCGUACUUACUUAUAUUAGUCGAGAUUGAAACGUUCAAGUGCACGAUAAAAAUUUAUUAAGGUUAAACUCUUCGAUUGUUUUAAAAUUAAAAAAUAUAACUCGAUAUGGCAAAAGUAAUAGCACAAAUGACAAAAUAUACUGUGAGAACAUUUCCACGUAUUUCGAGAAAAAGCUUAUUUAAUAUUUCUGCUAUAAAAAUAUCGUUACAUGUUUCACGUUCCAUCACUAGUACCCGUUGUUUAAAUAUCAAAAGAUUAUACACAGAAAAACACGAGUGGAUAACAAUUAAUGGUAAUAUAGGUAUAAUUGGAAUAUCCAAUUAUGCACAAGAAGCAUUGGGAGAUGUUGUUUAUGCUCAGCUUCCAGAUAUUGGAUCUGAAAUAAAAAAAGAAGCUGAAUGUGGAGCUUUAGAAUCAGUGAAAGCUGCUUCUGAAUUAUUUAGUCCUGUAAGUGGAAAGGUAGUAGAAAAGAAUGAAGCAGUUGAAAAAACACCUAGUUUAAUUAAUACUUCUUGUUAUGAAAAAGGAUGGUUAUUUAAAGUAGAAUUAAGUAAACCUGACGAACUAAAAAGUCUGAUGAAUGAAGAAGCAUAUAAUCUAUAUUUAAAAUCUGAUCCAUCAUGAAUAUAAUAUAUUUUCUAUAUGAAAAUAUAUGAAAAUAAUUAGUAAUGAUUUAAUUUUUAUCAUUUUCAAUUGUUUAUCAUUAAUGAAAAAAGUGUGAACAUUCUUAUUUAUUUUAAAUCUUAUAAUAAUCAUGCAUGAUGUUUUAGUAGUUUAACGUUAUAUUAGUCAAAUGUGAAAUAAGUACAAUUUACAGUUGUUUAAUUAAGUAAAAAAAAA